AUGGAUUAUUCUUGUGAAGAAGAAUUUGUCUGUGGCAAUCCCAAAGUUGAUGUACGUGUUGGAGAUGAAUAUCAGGCUGAGAUACCUCCUAUGAUGUCUGAUUCCAAACGUGCAGCGUUUCUUGUGAACCCUCUAGUUUCUGAUCUUGGCUCUUCUUCCUUUGCGGUUGGACUACCUCUCCAUGUAACUUGGAUAGACGCCAAAAAAUGUAAAGAUACACAAGGGCUUGGAGAUGAUGAUAAUGUCGACAUGAGCGAGUCUCUCAAAUCUCUGAAAAACAAAAGAAGCCGCAGAGGUGAGGCGGGAACUAAGAAGCAACGGAUGUAUCUUGAAGCUGCGCCGGAGGAACCAUCAAGUUGUUGGGAAGAUUCGGAAGUAGAUGGGUUUGUUCUUGGUUUAUAUACAUUCGGAAAGAACUUCACUCAGGUGAAGAAGUUAUUGGAGAGCAAAGAAACAGGAGACCUUUCGUUUUACUAUGGAAAGUUCUACAAAUCUGCUAAACACAAGAUUUGGUCAAACUCCCUCAAGAAGCAAAGCAGAAAAUGCAUACAAGGGAAGAAGCUCUAUUCAGGUUGGAGGCUACAACAGUUGUUGUCUCGUUUGAUUCCCAACAUUACCGAUGAAUCUCAGAGAAAGAAGCUUGUGAAUGUUUCAAAGUCAUUUGCUGAAGGGAAUAGAUCUCUGGAGAGAUACAUUAUUGAAGUGAAAGAACUAGUCGGUCUCCAAUCUCUUGUAGAAGCCGUAGCAAUCGGCAAAGACAAAGAUCUGACAGUACUAACAACAGAACCAAUGAGAUCAAAACAAUGGUUCGCAGUUUCAUCUGCUGGUUCAGGUGCAUACACUUCCCUCACAUCUGAGGAAAUAAUCGAAAAACUGGAUGGUGGUGGUUCCCGUCUAAGCAAAGCCCGUUGCAUUGAUAUCUUCUGGGACGCUGUGUGGCCACGUUUGCUAGCCAGAGGAUGGCAUUCUGAGCAGGCAAAGGACAUCAAAUCUAAAGACAACAUCGUCUUCCUCAUCCCUGGGGUAGAAAAGUUCUCAAGACGGAACCUUGUUAAACAGAAUCAUUACUUUGACUCCAUCAGUGAAAUUCUCAAAAAAGUUGUUGCUGAGCCAGAGCUUCUUGAAUUUGAGACAACAGACAUCAUCAGACCUCCCAAUGGAUUCAUUGAAGAGAAUAGUUACGAAUACUGUAAGCAAGAAAAAUGCUGUUACCUCAGGUCUCCAGACACUUCUUCUACUCAUCUGAAGUUCGCUGUUGUGGACACUACUAGUUUGGCUUCAGGAGGCAAGUUGUGUAGAUUUCGAGAGUUGAAGAACCCUUCUGUGGAAAGAUCCCAAAUGAUGCCGUUGGAUGCCAAGUUUGCUGGUGAAUGUAAAUGGGAAAAGAAGGGAAUGAAGAAACUGGUGGAAGAGCCGGGGAGAUUCAUGAUUGUGGAUACAAGUGGGCAGUCAUCAAGGAUGAAGAGAUGGAGACAUUUGCCCGGCAAUGAAAAUCUGUGCAAGGCCUUUGGUGAUUCAUCAUCACAGAUCCAAUCUGGUACUAAUACAGGUGUGACUUGCGAGCUGUCGGGUUCUGGGGUAAAGGAGGCGAGUUUGGACAAUGUUCGGUCAAAGAAGAGGUCUGUCCGAAAAUCAGAAUCUGUUAGCCAUCAUUCGGUAAGUUCUUUUCCCUCGCCAAAACGAAGGCGGCUAAGUACAUGUGUAAGGAAAGAUAUGGAACGUUUUGGUCAGAAUCCCAAGUUAUCAGAAGAAACAAAGACUAAAGCAAAUGGAUUGCGUUCAAAGAAACAAGAAGCUCUUCAGGAAGUCGGUUCACUGGAGAAACAACAAGAGGACUCAAAUUGGUUGUGUUCGGACAAAAAAUGCUCUUCAGAGUAUCUGGAAGCUUCCCAACAUCGGGAGAAAACGAUUAAGCUUCCUUCCAUGCCAGGCUCAGACAAGAGGAAUUCUCCUUCCACUGACCAUGGAACUACUCAAAAACUUGCAUUAAUGAAACAAGAAGAAGAAGAGCUGAACCAACAGACAAACACAGAUCUUCCAAGAAGGCAAAGUACAAGAAAGAGGCCAUUGACGACUCGUGCUCUUGAAGCUCUUGAAUCCGGAUUUUAUACUUCAGAGAGCCUGAAAAGUACAUCUCAUCUCAACCGAUAA